AUGUUCGUGGAAGUAAUUGAGAAAGUUCACAUUGAGACACCUUUCACCGAAGCAAUUACCCAAAAACCAUCAUAUGCCAAAUUCCUAAAAUACAUCAUAACAAACAAGUGCAAGCUCAAUGAUCCCAAACCUUUAGAAUGCAAUGCAAUUGUUGAAAGCAAAUUAGCUAAGAAACAGAAAGAUCCUGGAAGUUUUUCGAUACCAUGUGUUCUAGGAAGACAUGUCAUAGAAAAAGCAUUAUUGGAUUUAGGAGCAAGCAUAAGUUUGAUGCCUUUAGCAGUUUGUGAAAGGCUGGACCUAGGAGACAUGCAACCAACUAGGAUGUCCCUUCAGCUGGAGGAUCGAUCGGUUAAGUACCCGAUAGGUGUAUUAGAAGAUAUCCCAGUUAGAAUCGAACAACUCUACAUCCCUAAUGACUUUUUCAUAAUGGAUAUUAAAGAGGACAAAGAAAUUCGUAUCCUUAUAGGCAUACCAUUCUUAUCAACUGCUGGAGCCAUGAUAGAUGUAAAAAGAGGUAAGAUGACUUUCGAAGUAGGUAACGAGAAGGUAGAGUUUAUGCUAUCCAAAUUUCUGAAAGCACCCUCCAUGGACGACUCUUGUUGUGCAAUUGAUAUAAUUGAUGAAUGA